AUGCGUGGUGAUUUAAAUACAGCACUUAAUCCAAUUCCACUUUAUAAACAAGGUGUUGAAGAAGAAAAAUCUGAACUUGCUCGAUUAUCAUGCUUUGCUGGAGCAAUGGCUGUUGGUGAUCUUAUUAAAACAACACUUGGUCCAAAGGGCAUGGAUAAAAUCCUUCAAUGUAGUAUGAGUGGUGGACCUGAUGCUGGUAAAUUAUUAGUCACCAAUGAUGGUGCAACCAUAUUAUCAAAAAUUGGUAUUGAUAAUCCAGUAGCUAAAGUUCUUGUUGAUAUUUCAAAAGUACAAGAUGAUGAAGUUGGCGAUGGUACAACAUCAGUUGUUGUUUUAGCUAGUGAACUUCUUCGAGAAACGGAAAAUUUAUUAGCACAAAAAAUUCAUCCUCAAACAGUUAUUGCCGGAUGGCGUAAAGCAACCGAUGAAGCAUUACGUGUUUUAGAAGGAAUCGCAAAAAAUAAUAGUGCAAAUCCAGAACAAUUCAGAAAGGAUCUUAUGAAUAUUGCUCGUACAACACUUAGUUCAAAAAUUUUACAAGGAAAAAAAGAUUACUUUGCAAAAUUAUGUGUUGAUGCUGUAUUAAAAUUACAUGGUAAAACUGAUUUACAAGGUAUUCAAAUAAUCAAACGUUUAGGAAAUAAUAUGAGUGAUUCAUAUCUUGAAGAAGGUUUUCUUUUGGAAAAACGUAUUGGUAUUAACAUGCCAAAACGUUUAGAAAAUGCACGUAUUCUUAUUGCUAAUACACCUAUGGAUACAGAUAAAGUUAAAGUAUUUGGUGCACGUGUACGUGUCGAUACAGUUGCUAAAGUAGCUGAAUUGGAAUUAGCUGAAAAAGAAAAAAUGAAAGAUAAAGUUAAUAAAAUUCUUCAACAUAAUUGCAAUGUAUUUAUUAAUCGACAAUUGAUCUAUGAUUAUCCUGAACAAUUAUUUGCUGAAAAGGGUGUCAUGGCUAUUGAACAUGCUGAUUUCGAAGGUGUUGAACGUUUAGCUCAAGUUCUUGGUGGAGAUAUUGUUUCAACAUUCGAUACACCAGAUAAAGUACGUUUAGGAAAAUGUGACUUGAUUGAAGAGAUUAUUAUUGGUGAAGACAAACUCAUCAAAUUCUCAGGUGUAUCUCAAGGUCAAGCAUGUACAAUUAUCUUACGUGGAGCUACCCAACAAAUUCUCGAUGAAGCUGAACGAUCAAUUCAUGAUGCUCUCUGUGUUUUAUCACAAACAGUUCGAGAACCACGCAUUUGUUAUGGAGGAGGUGCCGCUGAAAUGAUGAUGGCUACUGCUGUUUCUCAAUUAGCCGAAAAAACACCUGGUAAAGAAUCCGUUGCUAUUGAAUCAUUUGCUCGUGCACUUCGACAAUUACCAACAAUUAUUGCUGACAAUGCAGGUUAUGAUAGUGCUGAAUUAGUUGCUAACCUUCGUGCUGCUCAUACAGCAGGAAAAUCAACAUAUGGUCUUGAUAUGGACAAAGGUGUCACUGCCGAUAUGGUUGAUCUUGGCAUUGUUGAAUCCUAUCAUCUUAAACGUCAAGUUGUUAGUAGUGCAGCUGAAGCAGCUGAAAUGGUAUUACGUAUUGAUAAUAUUAUUCGAGCACCACCCCGUCAACGCCAACGUGACAUGCGUAAUCAUUAA